AUGCCAUCAAGAAAUAUAAAUCUACAGAAAGAAAACAAAGUAAAAAAUACAGAAACAAAUGUCACGAACAUGAAAGACUUUGUACUCUUGGGCUUUUCUGAUAUUCCUGAAUUCCACUGUCUUCUUUUUGCAGUAUUCUUUAUUAUCUAUAUGAUUAUCCUGUUAGGGAAUGGCAUCAUCAUUCUAAUAACAAGAGUAGAUUCUACUCUUCACACACCUAUGUAUUUUUUCAUUAGCAAUUUUUCUUUUCUAGAAAUCUGUUAUGUCUCUGUCACUCUUCCUAGAAUGCUCAUGGAUCUUUGGACCCAGGAAGGAAUUAUUUCAUUUUCCGCCUGUGCUACACAAAUGUUCUUCUUCCUCGUGCUGGGAGCCACAGAGUGUUUCCUUCUGGCUGUGAUGGCCUAUGACCGCUAUGUGGCCAUUUGCAACCCUCUGCACUAUCCUCUAGUCAUGAACCACAAGUUCUGCAUCCAGCUGGUGGCUGCCUCCUGGAUCAGUGGAAUUCCGAUCCAGAUAGGGAUGACUGUCCAGAUUUUUACUCUUCCCUUUUGUGAAUGCAACCAAAUCAACCACUUCUUCUGUGACAUUCCUGCCAUGCUCAAACUGGCCUGUGGCAACAUCUUUGUCAAUGAGAUGGUGGUCUAUCUAUGUGCUGUGUUAUUUGUCACUCUUCCCUUUUUGUUGAUCCUUGUAUCCUAUAGCAGAAUUAUCUCGACCAUCCUGAAGUUGCCAUCAAACACAGGAAGGACCAAAGCCUUUUCAACCUGUUCCUCCCACCUAAUAGUUGUUGUUUUAUUCUAUGGUUCGGCCGCUAUCAACUAUUUAAAACCCCAAUCCAAUCAAUAUAAAGGAAUAGACAAACUGCUCUCCCUUUUCUACACCAUUUUGACCCCAAUGUUCAAUCCGAUGAUAUACAGUCUGCGGAACAAAGAUGUUACAGAGGCCCUGAGAAGGGUCCUUCCCAAAUCAUUGGCAAUGAGAGACAACAGAAGUUAA